AUGACCACAGCAGAGGACCUGCGCCCAGCCCAGGCAGGAGGCACCGGUGAACGGAGGGUGAUGUUGGACUCAGUGACACACAGCACCUUCCUGCCCAACGCGUCCUUCUGCGACCCCCUGAUGUCCUGGACUGACCUGUUCAGCAAUGAGGAGUACUAUCCUGCCUUCGAGCACCAGACAGCCUGCGACGCCUACUGGACGUCCGUCCACCCCGAGUACUGGACAAAGCGCCACGUCUGGGAUUGGAUCCAGUUCUGCUGCGACCAGUACAAGUUGGACAUCAACUGCAUCUCCUUCUGCCACUUCAACGUGAGCGGCCUGCAGCUGUGCAGCAUGACCCAGGAGGAGUUCGUGGAGGCGGGGGGCGUCUGCGGCGAGUACCUGUACUUCAUCCUCCAGAACAUCCGCUCCCAAGGCUGCUCCUUCCUUAACGAUGUUGAAGAGUCCAAGGUCGCCAUCAAAGACUAUGCUGAGCCCAGCUGCCUGAAAACAAGCGGCGUCAAAAGUCAAGGCUGUCACAGUCACGGUCACAGUCGAACAAGCCUCCAAAGCUCUCACCUCUGGGAGUUUGUGCGUGACCUGCUCCUGUCUCCAGAGGAAAACUGCGGCAUUCUGGAGUGGGAGGACAGGGAGCAGGGCAUUUUUCGGGUGGUGAAGUCAGAAGCCCUGGCCAAGAUGUGGGGACAGAGGAAGAAAAACGACAGGAUGACGUACGAGAAGCUGAGCAGAGCUCUGAGGUACUACUACAAAACGGGAAUUCUGGAACGGGUCGACCGAAGGUUAGUGUACAAAUUCGGAAGAAACGCACACGGGUGGCAGGAAGACAAGCUAUGA